AUGUCCUCUCCCUCCCAAGAACGAAGACUAUACAUCCUCGACUGUGAUCUCAGCCACUGGUCCUCGCGGCAAGGUCGUAUUGUCUCUUGCCGUACCGAUGGCACCGAUCAACAAAUUCUCGUAAAAGACCUACAUGAGCUUCCGGAUGGCAUCGCUAUCGACCAUGCCCGAGGUCACAUUUACUGGACGAACAUGGGCACCGCCGGCUUCACCACCAACGACGGCUCCAUCCAGCGCUGCGACCUAGCCACAGGCGGCAACAUCACCACCAUCCUCCCGCCAGGCACGACCUUCACGCCCAAGCAGCUCGUCCUCGCACCACAGUCACAAAAACUGUACUGGUGCGACCGCGAAGGCAUGCGCGUCAUGCGCGCGAACCUCGACGGUACGGCCGUCGAAACCCUCGUGCAAACAGGCGCCACGCCCGCCGACCGCGCCGACAAGUCGCGCUGGUGCGUCGGCAUCGCCGUCGACGAGCGCAACAACCUCCUCUACUGGACGCAGAAGGGCCCGUCCAAGGGCGGCGUCGGCCGCAUCUACCGCGCCCCGAUCGACGGCACCACGUUGCGCGGCGAGGACCCGGCCACGAGGGGGGAUGUGGAGUGUUUGUUUGACGGGCUGCCCGAGCCGAUCGAUUUGGAGCUGGAUGUCGAGAGGCAGUUGCUGUACUGGACGGACAGGGGCGAUCCGCCUACAGGGAACACGCUGAAUAGGGCGUACGUGGGGCCGUUGGAGGCUGGCAAGCAGCGCGAGAGGCAGAUUUUGGCUAUUCGGUUUCAUGAGACGAUUGGGCUGGCGCUGGAUGAGGAGAACCAGAUUGCGUACGUCACGGACUUGUCGGGCGGGGUGUACCGCGUAAAACUGGAAGGUGAUGAAGGGAAGAAGGAAGUCCUGAUCCCUGAGCUUGGUGAUGUGACGGGAAUCGCAUUGGGUGGACACUAG